AUUGACUGCUGAUUGGUUUGCCUGCACCAAGGAGAAACUCCCUUUGACACAGGCCUCGUUUCCAGAUUGUACCUCUAGUUAGCAGGAUGUCUUAUUUCUAACAUUCUUGUAUGAAUCUGUUCGUUUUAAUCCAGGACUGCGACUUUAUAAGGACCAAGGGAUCCAAAUCUUGCCAUUGUGCUUUAUUUGCUACAUUCCCUCGACUUUACCAAAUCAGAGGAGGACACAUGUGGCCAAUAUAAAAGUUUUCUUGAAAUAAUGCACAAAUGCAGACGACACAAGCAAGCGAAUAUUGUAAUACCGAGUUAAUUGCGGGAUAUUCCAAUGGUUUAGUUGAGCUAACGGAAACUGAACUGGAGAAGGAUUUAGCAGCAUAUUGCAGAAACAUAACACCGAUGUAUGCAAAAUGUAUCGAGAAGUCAGCAGCAAUGCAAAAUUGUCACAGCUCCCAAUACAUUUUUGAUAUAAAGGAACUAACCACCGACUGGCUGUCCAUAUACUGCAACAAUGAUGAUAUAAGCGACUGGCUAAAAGAAUAUUUAAGACACGGCUUCCGCUACAAAAACACAUGUGGAAGAAACGAUAUUUGCUACACUUGCUUUUUUGAUCUUGUCUACAACAGAGACGAACAUAUAUUCACUGGUGAAAAUAUCAGGGAUUACAAUAUAUGGGCAAAAAGAUUGACUGCUGAUUGGUUUGCCUGCACCAAGGAGAAACUCCCUUUGACCCAAGCCUCGUUUCCAGAUUGUACUUCUAGUUGGCAGGAUGUCUUAUUUCUAACCUUCCUGUAUGAGUCUGCUCGUUUUAAUCCAGGACUGCGACUUUAUCAGGACCAAAUGACCCAAAUCUUGAAUUUGAAGACUGCUUCAUCCAUACCAUUGAAAUAAUUGUUCCAGUACAUAUACAUCAACAGUUCAACAUCAGGCAUAAAUUGAACAACAAGACUUAAAAGUACGACUUGCCCAAACACAAGUUGUGUGUUUUCAUAGGAUUGAUGCAAGUUAUGAAUUCAAGAAACAUGUAACAUAUAUUCAAAUUACUGUUUCGAAUAGUAAAACUACAAAAUUAGACAUCUUGUAUGCAAAACAAAGUUCAGUGCUUGAAUGAAGUCUUUAUUUACUACUGAAUUUUUUUAUAUGUAACCACUUUACAACAUUAUAAUAAUAAUACUUUAUUAUUUGAAAUUUGAAACCAGUAAUAGAUGUUUGUCUUGAAAUUUUCAAUAUGUCUUCAGUAUCAAUGGACAUGAAAUUCUAAUGACUUAUUUUCUUAUAAACGACACAAAUAUUAAAGGUUUCACUCUUUUUUAUUUUCGUUAGUGAUAAAAGGUUAAUGUAGAUUAAGAUUUUAUUCCAAUUAUAUUCAAGCAGAAAUAGAACAUUAAAAGUUUUAACUAAAAUGUUAGAUAGUAAAAUAAAAUAUUAGAUAAACAGAAACAUGUACACAUUUUUUAAGGAAAUAUCGUAUGAAAGUACAAAUAAUAACAAUAAAUGUUGCAAUAUCUCUUAA